GGUACCAGCUGGAUAUUUAUCCAGUAGGUUGUGUGAAACUGCCAGGCCAGCCAGUUCGCCAGCCUUUAUUAUUAAUCUGCAAGGCUGAUUUCAUUCACAUCAGGCUUGCCUCCCCAUGUCCUGGAAGUGGUGCAUAAACGUGCUUAGUUAUCCAGGACAUUUACGUGACACGUAAACUAAACCCAGUUUGGAAUUACGGUACGGCGAAGACCAAGCCACCUGUAAAAACAACGAUGUCUGGAACGCAUAGUGGUAACUAAGCGAGAAAAGUAAUGGGCCAAGUUUUGUGGCUCUGCGUGUACAUGAUGACACUUUGCAAUUUAGGAGUUCCUAACCCCCACAUCCUCUCUGUAAAAUCAUGGACCUAUAUACAUCACGCAGCUAUGAGAACUUAGAGUAAUUAGGCAGUUCCUAGAAGGAAAUCCAGAGGCAGUAGUUUGGACAGAAGAUGAUUUUCUGUCUGCCUCUUCUGUUUGCAGAUGGCAGAUUCACGUCUUUGGACAGGAUAACGGUGAGACAACUGGAAAAAUUCAUACCUUUCAUGGUUUCAUGUUCAGUUGGGAGAGAGAAACCACUGGGAUCUAUUGAACCCUUGUGGUGGCCAUCGGAUCUGCCAUUUUCCAUACCAUUAAAGAAGCCUCACAGUGUUAGUAAUAAAUGGUUAGCAUUACUGAAGAGUCUAGUUUGUCGUUGUUACACAUACCAUGGCUGUGAAUUUAUGCUUAGAUUUUGUACUGACCUGACAAAUACUCCAAGUUCAGUACUGACAUAUGUGGAUACAUGGAAUGACACUGUGUCAGUUUACAGCAAAAAAACAGGAAAGCUUGUUGUAACUUUCAGAAGUGAGAAUAUGACGUAUGACAAGACCCCACAGACACCAAGAUGUCAAAUCUUUGGGAAUCAUAAAACUGGCACUGAGACUUCAUGUGACAACACACAUUUCUUGGACAUAUACGUGUGUGAAAUGUGUGAUUUCACAUUUCCAAAUCUUGAAGCAGCACAGGAACACGAAGAAAUCUGCAGACUUGACUCUACAAGUGUAACAGUGCACAAUACUGACGAGCCUCUUGCAUCAGAGCAGGACAGAUUUCUAGAUUACCUUGGCCUGAAGAACAAUACAGAAGUCGAUUCUACUGUUCAACAUAAGAGAACAUCUAAAGAUGUGAGAUGGAAGGUUGCUGGCGUGAAUUUUACUCGUUGCUGCUCCAUUCCUGUGUCUUCUCCUCUUGGACUAGCUUUACACAGGAGAACAAAACCGUCAACUGUUUCCUCAGAAGUUCACCUAGGAAAAGUGGAAAGACAUUGUGUCGACUAUACGGACUUUCUUCCACGAACGCGUGAAGCCAAGCAUUCAGAUGGUCCAUGGCCUACCACUUGGAAACGAAAUAAAACAUCUACAAAUGCAUGGGCCCAUAUUUACAAAUUCCCUAGGAAACAUCUGAGGUGUCGUCCUCCUGUACCAGACACAGGUUUGACUGCUGAGAGCCUGAAAUUGUUGCAACUUUGCAAACCACUUUCUGUGGUUUUACAUAAGCUCGGACGUGAGGAUAUUCAUGUUUGGUCCAAGAAAAAUGAUUUGGAAAAUUUGAACCAUGAUAUGGAAAUGCAAAUAGACACUUCCAGUGAAAGUCUCAUUGAUGACAAAUAUCUAACUUCACUUGGAGAAAAAGCCAUCACUGAAAGUUAUUUGAUGUCUUUAAAUUCUCAUUAUGAUCCAGACGGGAAAAAUGCUCAUAAUAAUGCUGGGAAGCAAUUACUUUGUCAACCAAAAAGUGCAGAGGUGGAAAUACAUUCAGAGUGUACAGAAAAUAUUAUACAAGCUAGUGGAGCAUACUCAUGUGAGACUGAACAGUCUGAAGGAUUUUCAGUGUUAAGCAAUUCAGUUUCUGUGCCGGAGACACAAUUUCCACAAAAUUCAGAGGGUCAUCUGCGAAUUUCAACUAGUCCAAGUGAGGGAUCUGUAUGCAGCUCUCCAGAACCUUUCUUCCCACAGUCAGUAGGCACAAUGCUCAGCUCUGAAACUGAUGUUAGUGUAGUUGAUGCUACUGACUUCUCUCUGUCUCAGGAAAUAGUGUCGAGUAAUGAACUGACACAAUGUGAUUUAUCUCCAUUGUAUAUUCCAGAGGCACAUACAAUGGAAUUUAAUCCACUUCAUCUUCGCGCUUCAAGAUAUGAUACUAAUGUUCACUCUUCACAGCUUGAUUGUGAAUACACCCAGUCUCCACUAAUUUCAUAUAUCCUUCCACAAAAACUGAUUCCCAAGGUGCUGCCACCAAAACUUGACAACCAGGUUUAUCUUUCAAAACUGAAAUGCCGAUCAUCUGCUAGGAAUAAAAUCCCACAGUCAGCUGCACUGGCUAUUUCUGAUACCUGCACACCACAGUCCCAAGUGCAUUCAUCAAUCUUACAUCCUCUGCUGCCUCUUUCUGCUGAUCCGCCAGUCAUCUGUACAGCAGUUACUCAGAAGUCUUUCAUGGAAUCUGAAUCAAUUGGCUGUAAUUAUCCUGCUAUUCCUGGUGAUGUCUAUUCAUCUUUGUCUGAAAAGGUGUUGCCUAAACAUCAAAGAAGUGGAGUUUUGUAUUCAAAUCACAUCAGUAAACCGUCUGGAGAACAGCUAACAAUUCAGAAACAAGUGCAAGAAAAAAAUAUUUUGUUGACAACUAGAAGUCUGAAUGAAACUCAUGGAAUUUGUAGCAGGAAGGACACAUCAGUGUCAUGUACAAGUGAAGAAUUAGAUGUGCAAUCUAAUAUAAAGCAGGGUCCCUCAUGUGCAAAUGAGCAGCAUACACCUCUGAGGAUUAGAAAUGUUUCACUAAAUACUGAAUUUGAAGACCUGCCCUGUACUAGCACUGUCACUGAAAGAGAUGCAGUAACUGCAGCUCCAGAUCAAGCAUUCAGUGUUGAAGGAGGUUUCAGAAGUAAAUUAAUGUCUAGUAAUGACACUUACCUAUUAUCUUUACGUGAUCCAGUUUAUAGUUCAGUAACAUAUGCAAACACAUCAAGGACAAAUUCUGGAUAUAUUGUUCAAGAAAAUAAGACUUAUCGUAACUGUGUGGAAACCUCAGAUGCUCAGUGUCAACAGAGACUUCUUUUCAAAUCAACACCAAGUUCAACAUCAGUGUGUGCAAGAAAAAGUGUGGAGACUUCUUUAAAAACCAUUGAGAACAAGUUUCCAAGAAGGCAUAAAACAGCUGCCAUUAAAAUUAACAAGAAUGUGGAAAAGCUAUCAAGAGAAGUACAAAAACUGAUGAAAGAUGAAUGUGUAAGCAUCCGUGAUAAACAGUUCUUUAAGAUAGUAAAUUGUGAUUAUAAAGUUCUUCGUAAACGUGAACUUCGUGCUAGAUGUUCAAAUAGGAUAAAUAGGGUAAAAAAUGAUAUUGUAAAACCAUUUAAAACAAAGUCUUUUAAAGCUUAUAAAUAUUUCUCCACCUGUAAAGUUAGCAGUGGUGUCAGAAAUAGUUUUCAUUUUGAUGUAGUUGGUAGUUUACAAGAAAUGAAUUCUAGAGAGUGCACUGAAGUACCUGUAACUUCAAGGGGAAGGAGUCCUACUUUCUAUAAUCAAACACAUGGUGAGAGAGGUGAACAGGUAUUUAAUGAAAACAGCACCAGUAUUAAUUUAAAUCACAAAAUUCAGAAUUCAUUAAGUAUGCAUUAUGAACUUCAAAGUGUCCACAGAAAGAGUGUAGAAUUAAAACUUAAUUCUGCCAAUUCACUUCAACAAACACACAUUGAGCAUUGUGGCAAAGUAGAAGCAUUUCACCAGUACAGUCUUACAUCAGUAAUUAAUGAAGCUGCUCAUAGUAGUGUGGAUUAUUUAGAUAAUUCUCAUGAAGUUGGUAACGGUAGGCCUCCCCAUGAAGCUGAGAAAGUUUCGCCAUUUGUUAGUGGCAGUGCCACUUGUUCAGGUGAUGUGCCAAAAAUGCAUAAAGUUGUUGAUGUCAUUGGAAGGGCAAAACAUGGAAGUUAUUACACUAAAUGCCAAAUGAAAUUGCGUAGUCAGUGUCAGAGCAAAGAAUCAGUGUCAUUUACCUGCACGUCUGCUAGAUCUCAUAGGGUAACGCGGAAAACAGUUGCUGGGAACCCCAAAAGUUUAGUUUGUAUAGAAAAACAAAAAAUUCAAAGGAAUAAAAUUAUGAAACAUUUAAAUCGACAAAUGAGCCUCAAGACACAGUUUACUGAUGUGUAUCACAUUAUGCUUCAGGGUUCUUCACAAACACAACCAUCAGAAAAUGAAGAACAUCUUGGAUACAAGCAUUUCAGCUCCAGUUCCAAGAUAAGAAUUUUCAGAAAGAGACAGGUUUUCAACCCACAGCAGAAGAAGGGUGUCUCCAGGGAAUUACAACAAUUGCUGCAGGAUGAGUGUAAAGAGUUAGUAAAUUUAGGGUUGGAACGAAGUACUGUACCUGUCAAGACAUCUUCGAAAGCAUUGACUUUUGAAAAUAUUUUAAUAGCUCAGCUGAGAGAAAUUGAGGAAAAUCACAGAGAAUGGUUUAAGGAUCGAGAUGUUAUGUGUGUGAUUAAUUUCCCUUACGAAUUUCGAUCAGUCUGAUUUUGAACAAUUGUAGGGGUGUUGCAAGUGUUUCUCACUUAUUUUCUGUAAAUGUGACAGUUACACAGUUUGCAAGUGAAUGUAACUAGCACCAUAUACAAAGAACUGCUAUUGCAGGUUUUUACCACAUUUGAAAUGGACAAUAGAUUAAUUUUCUGCAAUAGCAGUAGAAAAGGAAACUGGAUAAUGCUUUACUUUUGUAUAGUUCGCCUGCAGGAUCAGGUAGAUAAUGUGGACAGAUGCAGUGCAAGGUGUCCACAUGAAUCUUGGAAGUCUGAAUGAUUUUUGCUUGUAUGUCAGAAAUAUUGAAGUGGUGUGGAAACGGAACUUUUUAUUACCACUGUACUUGUGAAUUGCAAAGUAUCAUUGUGAAAAUGAAGAAAUAUAUAUUUAAAAUCUCUGUAACUGAUCAUUGCUUUAAUUAAUUAAAUGUACAUAAAUAUUUUAGAAUCUUGAUGUGCAACAUGCAUAGAAAAUAGUACAUAAAUAUUUUAUAAUACUUAUUCUUCAAAUUUUUAGUGUUGUAGUAAGUGUGUUAUUUUAAUGACAUACUAUUGGAAACAGUGAUGUGUAAGAUGUUAUCACAAAAAUUUUGUAAAAGUCAAAUGUACAUGUGUUAAUCAAGUUUUAAAGUCAUCUGUAAGGAGAAAGUAACUUCCUUUACAUUAUUUGAGGUUUUAAAAAUUAUAUAUAUGCUGCAAUGGUCAAACUGAAAGUAGAAUUCUUGAGUAAUGCCUCAGUCGUAUUCCAUUAAAAUUACAUUAGGAAAGUGUCAUGUAUGAAAAACAUAUGAAAAAUUGUGAGUAUGAUUGAACACCCCCUCCCUCGCUUUUUAAUAAUUAGUGUGAUAUCUGAGAAGAGAUUCAGUCAGUCAUUAGUCAUCUAGUGCCACAAAUAUGCUCAUUCUGUCUUUCAUAUGCACUAUGUCAGCUGUGCAAAUAAAUCCAUACCAGAAAUUUGUAGCAUGGUAGAAAUAGAGCUGUGGUUGAGGUAAUGUUCACAUUGGGGAACCCCAAGCAUUUAGAUAUAUAAUUUUUCAUGAUAUCUCUGAAACACUUAAACUGGUUAUUUUGAAAAGAUACAACCAAAAUCUUUCCAAAUCCAAGGCCAGUUAGAGAUUGUUGUCCAUAUCACAUAAACUUGUAGUUGACAAGAUUUUAAACUACAGCUGCCUUCCUUGUGUACUAAAAAUAUUAUAAUCAGUACAUUUAGACAUUUCUGUUUAUAGUGUUUAAAUGCUGAGAUUCAUGGAAAUGUGGAAAGUAAAUGGUCCUGAGCUAGGAGAAAUAAAUUUUCUUUACACAAUCCCCAUAGCAGAAUACUGAUACGUCAUCAGCUACAUAUCUAUGGUUAAUAAAUAGUUCAUUAAGCUAAAUGGGGGGCAGGAUGCAGAUCCAGUGUCCAGAACAUCUUUGUGUUCACCCCCCCCCCAUCCGGUCUCUUAAGAAUUAGAGCUCUAUACCCCUAUAUCCAUUUAUGUUCUUUCUUGAAGCCAGUUUUACAUCCAAAUGUCUAUCACUAAUGGGUCAAAGUCUUCUAGUAUAUCAUGUAGUUCCUGCCACAUUCAAAUGGUGCUUUGGAAUAUGUUUUAGUACACAAGGAGCCUACCUUUUUAUCCUAGUAAGUAUUCUAACUGAGAUGAGUUAGUGUCUUGCAUUAUGCUGGAUCUGUAUGGAAUAAGCAGUACACCAAGAGAAAAAGGGGUGAUGAGCUCCUCUUAAUUAAGUCCACUCACGUUCCAACUUGGCAGUUGAGAUAAACAUGAAACUUACAGGUAGUCAACUUUUUCUUUUUGACCAAAAACUAAAAACAUAUUCAUGCUAUUUUCAGAGUGGUACCCCCUCUCUAAUGAAGAGCCUUUUUACAAAUAAAAAAAUUCAUUUGUAGUUGUAUCUAUAUGUGAAAUGAAAUCUUUAUAACUGAUGUAUCAUCAUAUACUCUCUCUCUCUCUCUCUCUCUCUCUCUCUCUCUCUCUCUCUCUCUCUCUCUCUCUCUCCCCUUGUUUAAGUAUAAUCCUUACAUGGUAGUCAUUAAAGCUAUUUAAGCUCCAUGGUUUGUGUGUACUUCACUAAUGUGGCCAUGAAAUAAAAAAAUUCUUACAAUUCCAGAGUAAAUAUCUGAAAUUUUCAUGGCUAGUUUAUUUAAUGAACAAAGAUAAAUGUUGUUACAAUUAAAUCUUUGUCAUUGUUAGUUGAAUAAUUUAUCCUUUGGUCCUGUGAAAUUUAUUUAGAUUUCACUGAAUAGCAUGUAGACCUUACUUUCUGUUGCAAAAUCAUCUCACUGUGAUACAUACUGUAACUUUCAACCUGGAACUUUGGUUCCUUUUCCAUGUAGUGCGGAUCAUAUUUAGUGUUCCCUUAUAAUGUUUGACUUUGCCACUGCAUUUGCCCUUUAGUCUAUCUCCUUUCACAAUGCACCAGUGGAAUUACUUGGUUUAAUGUUACCCAAAGAUUUACCGGUUACCAUAAGCAGUGCUAUUUACAUAAGCUGACUAUAGGUUAGAAUUUAAUAUUCAGUCUGGUGAUCAGGAAUGGACUCUACAACCUAUUCCUUCCUUUCCUGUUAAACUUUGGCAAGAGAAAUUAACACCACAGCAUGUGCUGCUGUGUUGUGGUUGUUAAGUUAAUACAUAUUGAUAAGAUUAACAACAGCUUGAAACUAAAAUAAUCUGAAAAGCUGCACAAAUGGAGUCAUGGUCAUGUAACACAACAUUCCUCUAUUUUUAUAAUGGUUAUUUUGUAACACAUCAAGAAAAUAUUUUUUAAAAAUUGGUGCUUGAAUAUCAUAACUAAACUCCUCCCGAACAGGCCGUGAAGGCCCAAUGGUACCGACCGGCCGCUGUGUCAUCCUCAGCCCAUAGGCGUCACUGGAUGCAGAUAUGGAGGGGCAUGUGGUCACCAUACUGCUCUCCCGACUGUAUGUCAAUUUCCGAGACCAGAACUUCUGUAUUAAAUGAACAUUAAAUUUGAAAGAAAAGCCAGUUCAUUUUCGAGUGAAACCAAUUUAACCAUAAUAGUGGGAGUUCAUAUGGACAGCAUCAUUCUGCAGUUUCAAAAGUGCUUGGAAACUUCAAUAAAAUCAUUGAUGGUUCAGUGCCAGGCAAUAAACAAUUUUUGUAGCAUGUAUAAAUACUUUGUUUUAAGGGAAUGGGCAGAAAUCUUCUGCUUUUUCUGGGCACUGCUUUUUUAAUCCAGAAACUUUAUCCUGCCUUAUGGGUUGACUCAAUUUUAAACUUCUAAUUAUGUUUCUCCAUUCUUUCCAAUAUGGCCAUCACAGAACGUAUUUUGAGCAUAAGUAUUUCAUCCUCACCAAGAUACCCCAUGAGCCAGAAUAAAUUACUCCCACAAGAAACCCGUAGCUACAUAGCACUUGCUCACAACCUCAACGACUUUCAGGUUGUUUAACAUUUAGAAUUUUUUUUUACUGUUACAAAAUAGAGGCAAAACCUUACUACCUUCUGUCCAGUUUUACUCAAAAUGGAUGUCAUGUGUGUUCUCAGAGGUAACCAGAAUGUACAGGGUGCAUCAUAAUUAAAGGCAUAAACGCAUACAGUUGAAAGUACACAAUAUUAGAAGCAAAAAAGUCCCAGUAACCGUAGGGUCGAAAAUCAUACCUUAAGAGCUACGAGCAAUUUUUCAUCUUCGAUACUGUGAAACAAAUCUCUUCUACUGCAAGUUCUUUGCUUUCCAUAUUUUGGGAACUGGUAUUAUGUACCAAAACAAGAAAAAA